GCUACACAACACACACCCACUGUAUUUAGCUGCAAUACGGAAGGGACCUGAAGCCACUCACUUUUGUUGACUAGUAACUGUCAUACAUAUGUAGUGUUUGCACUCGCUCCACCGCCUUCAACCGUCCUCCACGAGCGACAGCAGAAGCAGAACCACUGGAGACAGAAGCAGAAACGUUGGGAGUGAUAAAACAAAAGCAGAUCAGCUGGAAUCAAAACAGAAAGUCCCCUGCGCUGCCACAGCAACCAUUAUUAUAUUGUACACCGGAUUGAAUCCGCCUUUACUAGGGGUUCCUGCUGCUGCAGCCCUGUACUGUGCGGCGUGGUUACUCGCUGUUGACCAAUAACAAAGGAAAAGGUCACUACAAAGCGAAAUUAUGUUUGGUGAUUGAAAGAAAAAAGCCCAGAGACCCUCACAGUCGGAGCAGCUGAGAAUCCAAACGGCAGAUGAAAUUAGGGAGACUACAAUUUGUGAUGUGGUUUUAAUCAUACAUAGUUUGGAAAAGAAGAUUGCUUUCUGAUUAAAAAAAAUAAAUAUCAAACUAAUCCCAUGCUGAUUUGGUUUCUGAGUAGCCAUGGCAAAAGCAUACACAUUUAAUUGGCAGAAGCCUCUGCCAUCCUUUAUACAAGAAGGGGCUGUUUUUGACAGAUAUGAAGAGGAUCCCUUUGUCUUCGAACCUAACUGCUUCUUCAAAGUCGAUGAGUUUGGUUUCUUUCUCACAUGGAAAAGUGAUGGAAAGGAAGGCCAGGUUUUAGAAUGUUCUCUGAUCAACAGUGUACGGAGUGGAGCUGUCCCAAAGGACCCUAAAAUAAUUACUGCAUUGGAAUCAGUUGGGAAAACAGAGACUGAUCUAGAGGGACGCAUCGUUUGUGUCUGCAGUGGUACUGACUUGGUGAACCUGAACUUUAUUUACAUGGUUGCAGACAGUGCAGAAACAGCAAAGCAAUGGAUGGAAGGAUUGAGAUCAGUGAUCCAUAACUUCAGAGCUAAUAAUGUCUGUCCCAUGACUUGCCUAAAAAAACACUGGAUGAGGUUAUCAUUUUUGACAAAUACAAAUGGAAAGAUUCCAGUGAGAAGCAUAACCAGGACCUUUGCAUCAGGCAAAACAGAAAAGGGAAUCUUUCAAGCACUUAAGGAAUUAGGUCUUCCCAGUGGAAAGAACGAUGAAAUUGAACAUUCUGUCUUCACUUUUGAUAAGUUUUAUGAACUUACUCAAAAAAUCUGCCCCCGGACUGACAUAGAGGAGCUGUUUAAAAAACUCAAUGGAGACAAAACUGAUUAUUUAACCGUAGACCAUUUAGUCAGCUUUCUAAAUGAAAAUCAACGAGACCCUCGGUUGAAUGAAAUUCUGUUUCCGUUCUAUGAUCCUAAAAGAGCAAUGCAGAUAAUUGAAACAUAUGAGCCAGACGAAGCACUAAAGAAACAAGGUCGGAUGUCCAGCGAUGGGUUUUGCAGGUAUCUGAUGUCAGAUGAAAAUGCUCCAGUCUUCCUUGAUCGUUUGGAGCUGUACCAAGAAAUGGAUCACCCUUUGGCGCACUACUUUAUAAGUUCCUCCCACAACACAUAUCUUACUGGCAGACAGUUUGGAGGCAAGUCGUCUGUAGAAAUGUAUCGGCAGGUCCUUCUGGCAGGAUGCAGAUGUGUAGAAUUGGAUAUUUGGGAUGGGAAAGGGGAAGACCAAGAACCAAUAAUAACUCAUGGAAAAGCCAUGUGCACAGAUAUUCUCUUCAAGGAUGUAAUUCAAGCCAUUAAAGAAACAGCUUUUACUACAUCUGAAUAUCCUGUGAUCCUUUCAUUUGAAAACCACUGCAGUAAACCACAGCAAUUUAAGAUGGCAAAGUACUGUGAAGAGAUUUUUGGAGAUCUAUUAUUGAGGCAACCGCUUGAAGGUUAUUUGCUUGAAGCUGGACAGCCUUUGCCUUCUCCCAAUGACCUGAAAAGAAAAAUACUCAUUAAAAACAAAAGGCUCAAACCUGAAGUUGAGAAGAAGCAACUUGAGGCAUUUAAAAGGCUCAUGGAAGCUGGAGAAACAACAGCUCCCGCCAAUAUUUUGGAAGAUGAGAAUGAAGAAGAAAUAGAAAAUGCUUGCCCCAAACCAACAAUUGCCGACCCAGAAGAAGAAGCUCAUCCAGAAUUCAAGUUUGACAGUGACAUGUCCUCUGAUGAUUUGAGUCAGACAGAAGCCCAUACAAACAGUGUGAAGAAGGUUACUGAAGAAGAUGUAACUGAAAUAACAGAUGUAGCUGAACAGGAAAAUAACAAAAAGGGUGGUAUAACUGUAGAGGAUGAACAGGCUUGGAUCACUUCAUAUACGUAUGUAGGUGCUACAACUAACAUUCACCCAUACCUCUCAGCAAUGAUUAACUACGCUCAGCCGGUUAAGUUUCAAAGCUUUAAUGUGGCGGAAGAAAGGAACAUCCAUCACAACAUGUCAUCUUUCAAUGAAUCGGUUGGACUGGGUUAUUUGAAGACUAAUGCCAUAGAAUUUGUAAAUUAUAAUAAACGCCAAAUGAGUCGAAUCUACCCCAAAGGAGGCAGAGUGGAUUCCAGUAAUUACAUGCCUCAGAUCUUCUGGAAUGCUGGCUGCCAGAUGGUCUCACUGAACUACCAGACCCCAGAUUUGGCAAUGCAGUUAAACCAGGGCAAGUUUGAGUAUAAUGGAUCAUUCGGGUACUUGCUCAAACCUGACUUCAUGCGACGACCUGACCGAAUGUUUGACCCUUUUUCAGAAACACCUGUUGAUGGUGUUAUUGCAGCUACUUGUUCUGUUCAGGUUUUUUCAGGCCAGUUUUUAUCAGACAAGAAAAUUGGCACAUAUGUAGAGGUGGACAUGUAUGGGUUACCCACAGACACCAUUCGCAAGGAGUUCCGGACCCGAAUGGUCAUGAACAAUGGUCUGAACCCUGUUUACAACGAGGAGCCUUUUGUAUUUAGAAAGGUGAUACUGCCUGACCUUGCUGUACUCAGAAUUGCAGUUUAUGAUGACAAUAACAAGUUGAUUGGUCAGAGAAUUCUACCUCUGGAUGGUCUUCAGGCUGGCUACAGACACAUCUCCCUACGAAAUGAAGGCAACAAACCUUUAUCACUGCCAACCAUUUUCUGUAACAUUGUUUUAAAAACAUAUGUUCCGGAUGGAUUUGGAGCUAUUGUUGAUGCUUUGUCUGAUCCAAAGAAGUUUUUAUCAAUCACGGAAAAGAGGGCUGACCAAAUGAGGGCUAUGGGUAUUGAAACUAGUGACAUUGCAGAUGUGCCAAAUGACAGCUCUAAGAAUGACAAAAAAGGAAAGGUUAACCAAGUCAAAGCAAGUGUGACAACUCAGAGCAGCUCUGAGUUGAGACAAAAUUCAACGUCUGGCCAGGGAAUUGGUAAUGAUGCCAAGUCAGACACACUUGUGCCUAAGGUGAAUAUUGAUGACUUAAAACAAAUGAAGACCUAUAUUAAGCUGACGAAGAAACAGCAAAAAGAGCUGAAUGCCUUAAAGAAAAAACACUCCAAGGAUCACAGUGCCAUGCAGAAGUCACAUUGUAUACAUGUUGACAAAAUAGUGGCACAGCACGAUAAAGAGAAACUGUCUUAUGAAAAGCUUCUGGAUAAAGCUAUUAAAAAAAAAGGAGAAAACAACUGUCUUGAAAUGAAGAAAGAAAUUGAAAUUAAACUCCAAGCAUUAUCAUCAGACCACAAAAUAAAGGUAAAAGAGAUUGUGGCCCAACAUACCAAGGAGUGGUCAGAGAUGAUCAACUCCCACAGUGUGGAGGAGCAGGAGAUUCGGGAUCAGCAUUUGGUCCAGCAGUGUGAACAUCUGAAAAAACUCUUAGGUUCUGUUCAAGAGCAGCAAACCCAGCAACUUAAGCUUAUUCAUGACAGGCAGAGCAAAGAAAUGCGUGCUAACCAGGCUAAGACAUCUAUGGAAAACAGCAAAGCCAUCAGUCAAGAUAAAUCAAUCAAAAAUAAAGCUGAAAGGGAGAGGAGAGUGAGGGAAUUGAACAGCAGCAACACUAAAAAGUUUCUGGAAGAAAGAAAAAGGCUUGCAAUGAAGCAGUCUAAAGAAAUGGAUCAACUGAAGAAAGCUCAAGAUGAGCAGAUAGAACACCUGGAAAAACAGAAUGAGCAGCAUUUGAAAUCACAUCAUGCAGUGUCUCACAAUCAAGGCAAAAGAGAUGCAGCAGAUGGUGAAGCUGGAAGCAAAGAUGGGCCUCAGACCAGCAACAGUUGUGUGAAGCAUCCCCAAAAAAACAACUAGCUGAGAACCCAGCACACAUACUGCAAAACGCACAUUCUGCUCAGAUGGUAUUCUUCUUAGCCUGUAAGAUUUCUUCUACAUCUUGGAGAUAACUGUAACCAGAAAAAAAUAUUUCGACAUUCUACUUCAGCUUUUCAUUAUAGAAUCUCCCUUGCAGUGCUGACUGUUGUACAAGCGAUUAUAAAAUGCAACAUGAUGUAAAAAGCCAUUAAUGCAAUUAUGAAACCAUUUUAUGAAUCCUUUCCACCAAAACCGUUUUUUAAACAUAUUUGGUUAUUUUAAUCUUUAGAUUAUUGUUUAUUUCUUUGUUUAGUUUUUUUUUUUUUAAAUAAGAUUAGUUUUAAAGUGCUUGACGUGAGCUUUUAAUUCCAGUUCUGUAUUCAAACCGACAAAAAAAAAUAUUAUUGUAACUAAUAUGAAGCAUGUUUGGAUGCUUGUAAAUCAGUCUGUAUACCUGAAAGGUACUCAAGGUUUAUGUACUAUGUCAUAAGCAUUUAUGAAUAUUUGACUGCGAGAAACUCACUUUUGUGUUGUAGACUCAAACAGAGCUGUGUAAUUGUGCUGCAGGUAUGUUGUCUCAAGAAUGUUAAGUAGUGGAAUGUAUGGUAGAGGUAUAUAGUGUGUGCAUUAUUUUAGAUGGGGAUAUAUGAAACGUUUAUACAAAUUAUGUUAAGGUGACUAUUUAUCUCAUCUGAAGAAUAUAAUACAAAGUGCACCUGUAUUACAUGUACUGUAGGCAAGUCAGAUGUUUUGUAAUCCAUCUUUUCUGACAACACACAUACAAUUUAGUACUAGAUAUACUAAAAUGGAGUUUUUAAAAAAAAAGCACAAGAAAGGUUGCUGUACAUUAUGUUGAUGCUACAGUGACUUCUUGUGCUUUUAAGUAUUAAUUACAGACUUUCAUGAUUAACAAUCAAAGCAAAUUUGAAAGACUGAAAGAAGCCUAUUUUAUUCCCAGAGUCCAACAGAAUACAACUUUGCUUGUCUAUUUCCAAUCUCACAGGUUUAAAAUGGCUUUUAUAUCAUUGUUAUGGUAAUACUAACAUAUAUUUGAGUAUUGAAAUAACUGAUCUUGUUGUAACCCAGGCUAUUAUCUGUUGUGUGAAAUAGUGUGUUUCACGGACAAGCGCACUAGCCUUUUUCAGUAUAGGUGAUCCUCAACUUACGAUGCACAGCACUCACUACUCUUUUGCAUUAUUACCCUGCUUCGACUUUACAACAUUGAUACAGCAUUUACGACAGGGCGAGACCUGAGCCCUACACUACAGUUUUUUUUUUUUUUUUUAAUUUAUUUGCCAUUAACAUGGUCUGAUAAGAGCAAUUGACUCAAAAAGAAACCUAAGCUGAAUGUCACAUGAUGAAGGGUUUAACUGUAUUUCCUGCUAGGAGUACCACAUACACACACAGAAUACAUCAUUGGAAAGCCUCAUGUCUGUACUUUUAAACAAGCCAGGUAGGUGUUUUAGUAAUAUGCGCGUAAUCACUGGGCUGAGUGUAAAGAGUUAAAUAAAUAUUUGCAUGAGUACAAUAUAACGGGUCAUUUUUGUAAAACUAUAUUAAC